AUGUCUUCAACUCCCAGUAACUCGGAAGUAACCAAUUCAAAGGCUGUCAAUCUAACUCAGGCCCUACCAGUGCAGUUUUUCUUGGAGAAAAUCAUCAAAUUAGCUAUCGAGAUAGCUCCCGAAAUAACAGGAACGCAAUUGGCCGGGCUCUUGGAAUUGAAGAACGACGCCAUUGCUGUUUGUGCACAUUCCAAUGGUCUACUCCAAGUACACUUUACGCAUCUAGCAACUAAAUUGGAAAUAAUGACCAAGAACAUGCUCAAUGCUGAAAAAGGACAUCAUGAUCUUGUUGCAUAUUACAAGGAGACAAUUGCUCAACUUCAAAAAGAAAAGGAGAAGUUGCAAAGAGAAAUCGAGAUCUCAAAUAUGCUGGACGAUUUGGAGAAGGAGUUGGCCGCGAAAAAGAUAUGA